UGAAGGUUUAUUUUGCUGUAAAUCUAAAAUGGUAUUGACCAAGACUGGACGAAACAAUGGACUAUGUAUAUGGUACACAGGAGCGAAGGAAAGGCAUCCCUAUGGCAACCGCAUCAACUGAUGAAAAACUUCCACUUGAUUGGGAGCUGGUGUCGCGUGAGGGUCCUGCUUUAACCAAUCAUGCGGGGUGUCUCUUGAGAAAUACUUUCUAUAUCCAUGGAGGUGUCACAAAAUACGGUAGCACCGUCCCUUCCAACAAACUCUACAAACUUGACCUUUCGUCUUCACAUUGGGUCGAGGUCACGGCUGCAGGCUCUCCUGCUUUGAGUCACCAUGCAUGCGUUGCCAUUGACAACCGAUACUUGAUUCUGAUUGGAGGAUGGGACGGACGUCAACGCGUGUCACAUGUUCACGUGUUUGAUACACAAGAGAACAUCUGGAUACCUGCACGUGACUCUGGGUUUCCAGACGGGGCGGGGCUUAGUUCUCACGCCGCUGUGGUUCUCUCUUCCGGCGAGAUAUUAAUUGUUGGUCGUGAAGGAAGCUUACGCAUUCAGCGAAAACAUGGGAAUGUUUAUCUUUUGACAGGAAAUGUUCUGAACGGCCAUUUCACUUAUAAAAAGAUGACAAAUGCUACGUCUUCCCGUUCCGGACAUAGUAUAAACUCCGUUGGCAAUACUUUGUACAUUAUCGGUGGACGUGAUGACCAAUUAGUUGAGUUCCAUACUGGCUAUAGCUCGGGAGAACCCAUUGGUUCCAUCACCUCAAAACUCUCAGAUAUUGCGCAAUCAUUCAAACCUAUGUCAAAGCCACCAAGUGGACGGAAACACCACGUGUCAAUAUCCGGAAAAGGAUGCAUUGUCCUACAUGGCGGUGAAACGUUCGAUGGCCGAUCUCGGGAACCUGUUGGGGAGAUGUUUUUGAUCAAAGUGAAACCACACCUUCAAUUUUAUAAAUUGGGCGUGUCCGCAGUGGGGCGGGCGUGUCAUGUGUGUGUCAGUUCCGGUGAUGACGUUUUUUUUCAUGGAGGAAUCGCUGGGCGAAAUAUCGUACAGUCAGAUACCUACCGUUUUGUCUGUAGAAAAUGAUGAUGGAGUGGUUUUACCUUGCUGACAUGUUAAUGAAUCGUACAUUGAUCAAUUGUUCAUUGAAGUUAAGACAAACAUAGCGGUUUCAUAUCAAUUAUAGAAUCCAGUGCUGUUUUUGUAUGCCUUUUAAAAUAAAGUUUUAAUUAUUA